AUUUCGCCACAACUCAUUCCCAACCUUGGGCUCGGCCCUCUCUCUAUACUGUGUUCCUUACUUUUCCGGCGACUUUCCGGCGGAAUCUCGUGUAAGGCAUAUAAUUAUUAAUAAAAAUAGGAAGAUGGAUCACCAUGAGGAUGAAAACCGAGCUGGAGCUGAAAAUCGAGGCAAGCAUGAUGACGAGGAAGCUGUUGCUCGUCUUGAGGAAAUUAAGAAAUCAGUGGAGGCAAAAAUGGCUCUUCGUCAAAGCAAUUUGAAUCCUGAAAGGCCUGAUUCAGGAUUCCUUAGGACAUUGGAUUCCAGCAUUAAACGCAAUACAGCAGUUAUAAAAAAACUAAAGCAGAUAAACGAAGAGCAGCGUGAAGGUCUGAUGGAAGACUUGCGAGGUGUCAACCUAAGCAAAUUUGUUAGUGAAGCUGUGACAGCAAUUUGUGAUGCCAAGCUUAGAAGUUCAGAUAUACAAGCAGCAGUCCAGAUAUGCUCUUUGCUUCAUCAGAGGUACAAAGAUUUCUCACCAAGCCUGAUUCAAGGGCUCUUGAAGGUCUUUUUUCCUGGGAAGUCUGGGGAUGACUUGGAUGCAGAUAGGAACUUGAAGGCCAUGAAAAAGCGCAGCACCUUAAAACUCCUUUUGGAACUUUACUUUGUUGGAGUUAUAGAAGACAGUGGCAUUUUCAUUAAUAUAAUUAAGGAUCUUACUGGCUUAGAACAUUUAAAGGACAGGGAUACUACUCAGACGAAUUUGACCCUUCUUGGUAGUUUUGCUCGACAAGGAAGAAUUUUCCUGGGACUUCCACUCUCUGGACAAGAAAUUCAUGAAGAGUUUUUUAAGGUCCUUAAUAUCACGUCAGAUCAAAAAAAGUUCUUCAGGAAGGCAUUCCAUACAUAUUAUGAUGCUGCAGCUGAGCUACUUCAGUCCGAGCAUUCUUCACUUCAUCAAAUGGAGCAUGAAAAUGCUAAGAUCCUUAAUGCUAAAGGAGAGCUCAGUGAUGAAAAUGUCUCUUCAUAUGAAAAGCUACGAAAAUCUUACGACCAUUUGUACCGCAACGUCUCUUCUUUAGCAGAAGCCCUUGAUAUGCAGCCUCCAGUGAUGCCAGAGGAUGGUCACACUACUAGGGUUACUACUGGGGAGGAUGCUUCACCUCCUGUUUCCGGGAAAGAUUCUUCUGUUCUAGAAGCUAUAUGGGACGACGAAGAUACCAGGGCUUUCUAUGAAUGCUUACCUGAUCUCAGAGCAUUUGUACCAGCAGUAUUAUUGGGAGAAGCAGAGCCUAAAGUGAAUGAGCAAUCUGCGAAGACACAGGAGCAACAUACUGAACUGGCACCUGAAUCAGACCAAGGUCAACAUGCUACCCCAGAUACAGCAGAGGUUUCUGCAGAGUCUGGCGAUUUGCAGGAGGGGAAAAACAUAGAGAAGGGAAAAGAUAAGGAAGAAAAAGAUAAAGAAAAGACUAAAGAUUCGGACAAAGAGAAAGGGAAAGAAAAAGAAGUAGAUAAAAAGGGAGAAAAUGAAAAGGAGAAACUAAAAAGUAUUGAAGGCACAAAUUUGGAUGCUUUAUUACAGAGGCUCCCGGGUUGCGUGAGCCGUGAUCUUAUCGAUCAACUGACAGUAGAAUUUUGUUAUUUAAAUUCAAAGUCAAGUAGAAAAAAGCUUGUGAGGGCAUUGUUUAAUGUCCCAAGGACAUCUCUGGAACUACUACCAUACUACUCACGGAUGGUUGCCACACUGUCAACUUGUAUGAAGGAUGUCUCUUCUAUGCUUUUGCAGAUGUUGGAGGAGGAGUUCAACUUCUUAAUCAAUAAAAAGGAUCAAAUGAAUAUUGAAACAAAGAUAAGGAAUAUUAGGUUUAUUGGAGAACUCUGCAAGUUUAAAAUUGCACCAGCUGGCCUUGUUUUUAGCUGUUUAAAGGCUUGUUUAGAUGAUUUCACUCAUCACAACAUUGAUGUUGCAUGCAAUCUUCUUGAGACAUGUGGCCGUUUUCUUUAUCGGUCUCCUGAAACUACCAUACGGAUGGCUAACAUGUUGGAAAUAUUGAUGCGCUUGAAAAAUGUCAAAAAUUUGGAUCCUCGACACAGCACUCUUGUAGAAAAUGCUUACUACCUGUGCAAACCACCUGAAAGAUCUGCACGGGUCACUAAAGUCCGUCCUCCAUUAUAUCAGUAUAUUAGGAAAUUGCUAUUUUCAGAUCUUGAUAAAACCACCAUUGAGCAUGUCUUGAGACAACUUCGGAAAUUUCCGUGGAGUGAAUGUGAGCCAUAUCUUUUAAAAUGCUUUAUGAAAGUUCACAAGGGGAAGUAUGGUCAGAUUCACUUAAUUGCUUCUCUUACUGCUGGUUUGAGUCGCUAUCAUGAUGAAUUUGCCGUAGCUGUUGUUGAUGAGGUUUUGGAGGAGAUCAGGCUUGGGCUAGAACUAAAUGACUAUGGGAUGCAACAAAGACGCAUUGCCCAUAUGCGGUUCUUAGGGGAGCUAUACAAUUAUGAGCAUGUAGAUUCAUCUGUUAUUUUUGAGACACUUUAUUUGAUUCUUGUCUUCGGCCAGGGCACUCCAGAGCAAGAUGCACUAGAUCCACCAGAAGAUUGUUUCCGCAUCAGGAUGGUUAGUACUCUUCUUGAAACCUGUGGGCACUACUUUGAUCGAGGCUCUUCCAAGAGGAAACUUGAUAGAUUCUUAGUACAUUUCCAGAGGUAUAUUCUCAGCAAAGGUGCACUGCCGCUGGAUGUUGAAUUUGACUUACAGGACUUAUUUGUAGAACUACGGCCCAACAUGACUCGAUACUCAUCCAUUGAAGAAGUGAAUACAGCUCUAAUAGAACUUGAGGAGCAUGAACAUGCUGUUUCAACUGACAAGGCCAAUAAUGAGAAACACUCUGACACAGAAAAUGCUCCAAUCAGGACUACUUCCAAAUCCAUUUCAGCAAAUGGACAGAGCAGAGUGAAUGGUGCUGAGGAAAACGGUCAGGCGCAUGACAUUGGCGACAGUGAUAGUGAUUCGGGGAGUGGCAGCAUAGAGCCAGAGGGACAUGAUGAUGAAGAUUUGGAUGAAGAGAAUCAUGAUGGUAGAUGUGAUAGUGAGGAUGAAGAUGAUGAUGACAGGGGUGGACCUGCUUCUGAUGAUGAUGACGAAGUCCAUGUCAGACAGAAGGUUGCGGAGGUGGACCCUCAGGAAGAAGCCAGUUUUGAGUUGGAGCUUAGGGCUGUAGUGCAGGAGAGCAUGGACCAGCGCCGUCUAGAGCUGCGGGGCCGACCUGCAUUAAAUAUGAUGAUACCAAUGAAUGUGUUUGAGGGGUCCACAAAGGACCAUCAUGGAAGGGGUGUUGGAGGGGACAGUGGCGAUGAGGCAUUAGAUGAGGAGACUGGAGGAAGCAAAGAGGUUCAGGUGAAAGUUCUUGUGAAGCGUGGGAACAAGCAGCAGAUGAAGCAGAUGUACAUCCCUCGGGAUUGCUCGCUUGUGCAGAGCACAAAACAGAAAGAAGCAGCUGAGCUUGAAGAGAAACAGGACAUCAAGAGGCUGGUAUUGGAGUACAAUGAUAGAGAAGAGGAGGAGCUUAAUGGAUUGGGUGCCCAAACAGUUAACUGGUCACAAGGUUCCCACAGGGGUUCCGCCCGUGGCAGCACUUGGGAAGGAACCGGAGGUAGGGGUAGUGGAUCACGUCAUCGGCAUCAGAAUUACUCGAGCGGUGGAGUCUAUUACAGCAGAAAAAGGUGAAAAUAUUUGGUUUUGCAAUUCUAGAAAGCUGACUAUCUUUGCCAUGAGCUUCAAGAAUUCUCCAAAUGUGGUACAUCAAUCACAAAUUGAACUUGAUGCUCGUGUGCAAUCGUGAAGAACCCAUGCACUCUUGCCUGCCCUCCGCCUUUUUUCUCGAUAUAAGGCAAGGUUAAAAAUCAAACUUCUCAUCAGAAUGUAGCAGUUUUCGAGGGUGAAGAUAUUCAAAAAAAAAUUCCUGACCCAACAAGGAGGAUAUACAAAGGUUAUUGGUAUGAUUGUGAAGUGGCGAUCUGAAAGUGCCUUUUGGAGUUGUUCUGUAAUUACAGCCAUUGCAUCUGACCAAAAUACUCUUUUAACUUGUGUCUCUCCGAUUGUAUAUUUGUCGAUAUGGAAAAAAGGGGGCUUGAUGACUAAUUUGCUAUGCUUUUGUUCUUAGGAAUUAAUAUAUAUGGUUUUCUAUUAUA